AUUCUAAAAGUUAUUUUCUUUUGUUUUUCUCCUUGGAAGUCCCCAAACGCAUCUCUCUUGAAUAUCAAACCAAAAAAGUCCUCUCUUGCUGACGAAUGAACGCCAUUGCAGCAUCUCAAUAAUCUCCCCACCUCGGUCUUCAUCGCUAACAAAUUUCUUGUACGAUUUCAAUCUUCACGAUGAAUCAAGAUCCUCGUCUUUCUCCAACUUUGAAGCCUUCAAUCUCCUUUUAUCAGGUCUUAUCUAUCUCGAGUAUGUAUCCAGUCUAGUUGGAAUUGUAUUCGGCUGAAGGUAAUUCCCGAGUUCAGGUUUUUUUUUUUUUUUUUUUCUUUCGGGGGGUGGGGGGGGGUGGGUGGGGGAUUUUGUCGGUGUGAUUAUGGAUGGGAAUAAGGAUGAAGCUUUGAGAUGUAUUCGUAUAGCGGAAGAAUCAAUUGCGUCGGGGAAUAAAGAGCGAGCACUUAGAUUCAUUAAAAUUGCUCGUCGUCUUAAUCAGAGUUUGCAAAUCGACGAGCUAUUGACGGCGUGUGAGGAGAUGGGUUCGGGAUCAUCCGCGGAGAAACGCGCGGGAAAAGGUGAGAGUGUUUCUGGUUCGGUGAAACAUGUUGAUGGUUUGAAUGGUGAACGUAAUUACAGUAUGGAACAUGUUCAAUUGAUUAGGCAGAUAAAAACAACCAAGGACUAUUACGGAAUUCUUGGUGUCGAGAAAACUAGUUCGGCUGAAGAGAUUAAGAGGGCUUAUAGGAAACUUUCCUUGAAAGUCCACCCGGAUAAAAACAAGGCUCCUGGUUCUGAAGAAGCAUUUAAGAAAUUAUCCAAGGCUUUCAGUUGUUUGAGCGAUGAUACUUUAAGAAGGCGAUAUGAUCAGACGGCUUUGGUUGAACAGUAUGAGUACAACCAACAGCAUAAUGUAAGGCAUAGGAGAAGGAGAAAUGGUCAUGAUUUGUUUGAAGAAAAUUUUGAUCCUGAUGAGAUAUUCAGGGCGUUCUUUGGGCAGGGAAAUAUGUUUCAGACGAGUCGCGCUUAUACGUAUACAACUGGAGGUGCAGGAAGCCAACAAAGGACAGAAUCUGAUGGGGGAGGUCCCAGCUUUUUGAUCAUUCUUCUAAUGUUACCAUUCUUGUUAAUUUGCUUGUUGGCUUACAUGCCAUUUCCAGAGCCGGAGUAUGCUUUGCACAAAAAUCUAUCCUAUAGUAUUCCUAUGGCUACAGAGAAGCAUGGAGUGGAGUUUUUUGUCAAAUCAUCAGAUUUUAAUGUAAGAUAUCCUCUUGGAAGCCCAGGUCGAGUUGAAAUAGAGAAUAGUGUGCUGAGAGAUUAUAGAAACAUGGUUUGGCGUUAUUGUCAUAUAGAACUUCAGAGACGCCAGUGGAAUAAAAAUCUCCCAACUCCUCACUGUGAGAAGCUGAAUACUCUCGCUGUAGCAUGACGGUCAUAUAGAUGGAUUUUGAAAUUUUGAUACUCCAUGCUCGUAUGUGGAACAGAACGCUUAUGGCUGGACCACAGGGGCUAUGGUCCGACGGUUUCUUUGGGUUGUGUUGAUUCAAUCACCGAAGGUUUCUUUGGGUUGUGUUGAUUCAAUCACUUGGCGCCAUUUGCCAUCAACGACCCUGGACUGGUACUACCUUCUGUAAUUUUUCCACAUCACGUCCUCUUGAAACUAGUGUAAUCCAUUUUCUGAAUGAAGUCAAAAUAAUUGUACGAACUGAAAGAAGAUAUUGAUUUGUUUCUGCACAUUUUGCAAAUAAUAAUAGAGCGAAGCUUAGGUUUUUACUUA